AUGGGUGCGGCUUCAAUUUGUGUUGCUGAGGAGGAGACUGGUAUCAUGGAGAUUGACGAAAUUCAGGCUCACGGCAUUGGAGCUACUGAUAUUGCCAAGUUGAAGGCCAACAAUAUCCACACCGUCGCGAGCUUGAUCGCAUGCACCACCAAGAGACUUCUCAAGAUAAAGGGGUUCUCAGAUAUCAAGGUUGAGAAGAUCAAGGAAGCGGCGAAGAAGAUGGCUCCGACCGCUACUGGAUUCAUCACUGCUGCUGAGCUUGGUCAGGCGAGAAAGCGCUGCAUUAGAAUCUCAACUGGCAGCAAGCAACUGGAUGCUUGCUUAAAUGGUGGCUUUCAAACUAUGAGCAUUAGUGAAGUUUAUGGGGAAUUUAGAUGCGGCAAGACACAGCUUGCGCACACCAUGUCUGUUAUUGCUCAGCUUCCCAUAGAGAUGGGUGGAGCGGAAGGCAAGGUCGCAUACAUUGACACCGAAGGCACGUUCCGCCCCGAGAGAAUCAUGGAAAUUGCGGAGCGCUUUGGUGGUGAGGUUCCUAGGUUUCCGUUUCCGUUUCCAGGUGCUAAUGCAACAGUAGUCGACCCCGAUCAAGCCUGCGAGAAUAUCGCUUACGCUCGUGCUCAAAACAGCGAAAUGCAAACCGAAUUGUUGGAGGGCCUCGCCUCAAAUUUUACAACCAACGAAUUCCGCCUGCUUGUAAUCGAUAGCGUUAUGUCUCUAUACCGCACCGAUUACUCUGGACGUGGCGAGCUCUCAGAGCGCCAGCAAGCUCUGGGUGCAUUCCUUCGCCGUGCUACACAGAUGGCAGAGGAGUUUAAUCUUGUUGUCUUGAUGACAAACCAAGUCCAGUCUGAUCCGGGUGCAAGUGCUCUUUUCGCGGGUGCGGAUGGCCGUAAACCUGUCGGUGGCCAUGUUCUUGCCCACGCUUCCACAACUAGACUCCUCCUUCGCAAGGGGCGUGGUGAGGAACGGGUGGCUAAAAUUGUUGAUUCGCCUGACUGUCCCGAACGUGAAGCAACGUAUAUUAUUACCACGGGUGGCAUUAAUGACCCCGAAAAGGCUUAA